AUGCGAUUUCGACGCCUGACCCCUGGUUACUUCCGGGUGUUACAGAUGCAGGUAGCUGGUGAGCUGAAGGCAGAGCCCCGAAGUCUGCUGGCGGGAGUUGUGGCUACAGUGCUAGCUGUCCUCGGGCUGGGUGGCUCCUGCUAUGCUGUCUGGAAGAUGGUGGGGCAGCGGCGGGUGCCACGGGCCCCAUAA